CUUACCUCUAUUUUCGUUUGACCAAUGGCGAGGAAUGGUUAAUUCAACUAAAUGUAAUCAGGGAUCUGGACCUUGCUCUAACUACGUGUGUUACGAGUGGAAACAAAUUUUUGGAACAAGGCGUGACGUUGCUCUAGAAACGAUCUUUUCUAUACCACCUGACAUGCUACUUCAAGUUUACAAAUACAGUGGUAAUACUGAAGAAUUUAUUGGCGAAGCUACAAACUGCUUUCCAUCUUCAGUAUUUGCUAUUGCGAUUGCCAACUGUACUGGCUUUAGCGUAAGAUUUGUGGACGAGACGUGCGAGGAAAGCAAACUCUCAAGCACAGUUGUUACUACCUUUUACUACAGCACAAGAAUGGUGUCUGAAUCUCGUCUUGAUGAUUGUCAGCGUUCAUCAUGUGGGAAUGCGUCAUGUUUUAGUCUUGCUAACAUUCAUACUAUGGGUUAUCGUUGCUACUGCAAGAAAUGGUCUAGAGAGUCGUGUGUUCCAGCAUCUCAAGAUGCUACUAAUAUGGUCACUGCUUGUAAAUGUCCACCUAAGAAUUUUCUUGGAGAGAUAUGCUACUUGGGAGGACACCACAACGUGACUCAGUUGAAUAGUCCAAAAACGUUUCUUCCGAGCAAUGCCAGCCCUGAUCUCUCUUCGGUCAACAAAAUGCGAGCAACAGCAAGCCCGUCAGUGAUAUCAAGGUCUGUUUCAGAGCUUGCAACUGCAAGUCCACCUGUGACAUCAAGGCCUAAUUCAGAUGACAACAAGAAUGUGGGAAUAAUAGCUGGAGCCGGUACACUGUCCUGUUUCGUUGUCAUCCUGUUAGUACUUGCUGUGUACUUUUUCUAUCGACGGAAACGAUUGAAUGCUGUAGAAGGUGACAAUGAAUGUGAUACAAUGGAAAUAAAACUAGACGAACAAAAAGAAACGCGCCGUGUUGUCGACUACGAAGUAGUGUCUGCCCCUCCUCCUCUCUCCGACGUACUGACAACGAAUCCAGGAUAUGGAAAAUCAUCCGUGAUCGACAAUCCGGCGUACAAUGUGGCAAUCAUUGCGAAUCAAGGCGACCAACAGUAGAAUGCGAUUUCAUUAUCUAAUUAAUUAGUUAUUUAUUAGUUAGUAGUGAAGUUCAUUUUUAGUAAUCAAGGACUAAGAUGUUAAAAAUAUUAAUUAGCUAGAAAAGGUAGUAACAGUUGCACAUUUUUUCAUGCAAAAAGACUAUCAUAUCUAGGCCAUUAAUUACAGAGAGAUAUGCUUGUUUCAAUUAGUAAUUUGU